CCUGUUGCCUGUUAGUUUAUUCUUUUCUCCUCUCUUUGCUUGUUUAUGUCAAAUAUAAAAUUCGAUGUGUUGACGUGAGAACGCGUAAUUAGUACAUAAUUACACGGCAGGUUGAUUUAUAUAGACAAAUAUCGGAGCUCUAGUCGCAGCAAAUGCCCGGAUAGCUGUCCACUCGUUUGUUGGCCCCUUUAAAAUUUCUCCUUGUGCCACUCUCUCUCUCUCUCUCUCUCUCUCUCUCCUCGUCUUCCUCGAGUUUUCCAGAACAGAGAGAGACCGGGUGGGGAAUAUUAGGGAGGGAGAUUCUAUUUCUCCAUCAUUUGGGUUCGGCAUCUGCUAUCCCAAAUAGUUUUCCGGGGCCGGAAGCGGGGUAGAGGAUCGUCACUUCGUUGUUCUCUGCUCUGAAGUAUUUUUCCCGGAAAAAUUUCAGGGCUCUCUGCUGCUUUGCUCUGUCUCUUCUGACUUGAACUGAGAUCCGGGCUUUCGACUCCACAGGUCAAGCUCUGGUAAGCCCUCGGUCUCUUUUGGCCUCUCCGUAGUAUUCUUGAGGGAGAAAAGCUUUCUGGGCACCGAUUCUUUUUCUGGGUGAAACGCCAUUGGUUCUGCAAAGAGAAAAGGGAAAGUUUGAAGCUUUGUCUCAGAAAGGAAUCGUUUGCUUUCUCUCUCUCUCCUCCCCAAUUCUUUUCUCCGCGCGAUAUUAGGCUCGCUUGAUGCUGGAGUUUAGCAAAGCAGAGUGUAGCGACAUAUGAGUCUCUGCAAAUUUUGACUCGGGUAGUCAAACAUCAGUGCUUGAGAUCUGAGCCCCUGUCCAAUUCAAGGUCUUUUCUCGGAAGUUUUCGAGCCGGGUGUGGAGAAACAUGAUGAGAACAAAGGCUAAAAUGACAGAGCUGUCAACCAUGAAUGGGAGCGCCGCAGGCGGUAAUGUGAGCAGAGUUGGGGAGGCAGGGGACGAGUGGGAGGUGAGACCCGGAGGAAUGCUGGUCCAGAAGCGGAACGCAGGCACGGAUCGUAGCUCUGCACCGCCGCCACCGACGAUUCGCGUUAGGGUUAAGCACGGGUCAACGUACCACGAGAUCGGCAUUAACUCGCAGGCCUCAUUUGGGGAGUUGAAGAAAAUGUUGACCGGGCCAACAGGACUGCACCAUCAAGAUCAGAAACUGAUAUUCAAAGACAAAGAGAGGGACUCCAAUGCAUUCCUCGACAUCGUCGGGGUGAAGGACCGGUCGAAGAUCGUGCUCGUUGAGGACCCAAUCAGCCAGGAGAAGCGGCUCCUCGAGAUGCGCAGGAAUGCGAAAAUGGAGAAGGCGUCCAAGUCCAUAUCCGAAAUCAGCUUGCAAGUCGAUAGACUCGCGGGCAUGGUUUCGGCCAUGGAAUCAGUGAUUUCCAGAGGAGGAAAGAUACCUGAAACGGAGGUGUUGGCUUUAAUUGAGUCGUUGAUGAAUCAGUUGCUCAAGUUGGAUGGCAUUAUUGCUGAUGGGGAUGCGAAAUUGCAGAGGAAAAUGCAGGUGAAGAGAGUUCAGAAAUAUGUGGAAACCCUAGACCUUUUGAAGGUCAAGAACUCCACGCAGACCAGCAAUGGAGGCCAAGGUCAAGCCCCGGAGGAGAACAAGGAUGCCCACGCAAACUGGGUGAAAACGACGGCGUCCCAGCAUCCACAGCAGAAGCAGCAUCCAAAUGGGCAUUCUCAUCCUCAUUCUCCUUCUCAUUCCCAGCCUCAAGUGAACCGCCAUUAUCAUCACAGUGAUCGCCAUCAGAACCGGAACAAGAAGCAAGGAGGAGGAGGAGGUGAAGAGGAUGAAGACUCGAGAGGAUCAACAUCAGGGACAGUUGUGACUACGAAUUGGGAGACAUUUGAUGCAGCCCCACCAUUGGUGCCAGCUCUUGCUUCGUCCACAUCCACCACCUCUCCAGCCGCCAUUAAUAAUAAGCCAGUCCAGCCAAGAUUCAACUGGGAAUUAUUUGAGUAAGCUAUUAUAAGUUUGGCCCCCCACCCAAAAAAAAAAAAAAAAAAAAUUGUUUUUGCAAUUUUUGAGUGUGGAUCACCAUAUCUGGGUUUGUUCUCGUCAUUUGGUUUUUACAUUCUUUCUUGUACUUAGAUUUAUUCCGACACCCCCUCCAUAAAAAUUUCUGAAGGAUUAUUCAAUCCACUCAGUGUCAGAAAAAAAAAAUAAAUGGGAGGGGGGUGCUGUUAUAUACGACCGGCCAGCGACCAUUAUCAUCAAUGUGCCAUAAGAUUUUCA